AUGCGCAACAACACGAGAGACAGUCGAGCGUUGUGCACAGUGAUGCAGCGGUGCGCGGAGGAGGCGCUGCACCGCGACACGCCGCUGGGCGUGGCGUGCCUGCUGCGCUCGGUGCGCGAGUGCGGCGAGUGCGGCGGGACGGGCGAGACUGGCGAGACGGGCGAGACGGGUGAGGCGGGCGAGAUUGGCGAGCUGGUGCGGCGGCUGCACUCGGCGGCCGCACUCAGCGCGCUGCUCUACGCGCUCCUCAUCGGGUGCAACGCGCCGCAGAUGCGCGAUCUCGUCUACCUGGCGCCGCCCAUGCUGCUGGCGCACGCCACGCUCGGGCCGAGCGGCGCGUCGGGCGCGUCGGGCGCGUCGGGCGCGUCGGGCGCGUCGGAGCGGCGACUGGCGGCGGUGCGUCGGUGCGUGCGCGGGCUGGCGUGCGCGGGCGACGUGCUGCGGCUGCGCGUGGCCGGGCUCGAGGCCAGCGGCGCGCUCUUCGCCGCCGACGAGGACUACCGGCGCGAGCUCGUCUACGCCCUGGCCAGACUGCCACGAAGCACGACCCUGAGCUACCUACGUCAAUUUACUUUUCCCUGUUUGAGCGAGGAGGCGGAGCGCGUGCGAGCGGCGUGCGCGAUGGGCCGCCGCCACGGGCUGGACGAGCUGGACGUGUGGCUGGCGCACGCGGCGCACGUGCCGCACGCCAGGCGGGCGCUCGACGCGCUGCCGCCGCCGCAGCGCCAACGCGACGCACACGCACGGAUCAAGGAGGCGCUGUGGACGGCCACCCCGGGCACCGCCCACGGCGAGCUGCUGAGCGUGCUGGCGCUGCUGCAGCGCGUCGACGAGCGGCCGCUGCUGCACGGCCUCAGCGCGGCGGACCACGUCAAGCUGCUCAAGAAGGCCAAGGCCGCCUCGCCGGAGCUGGACUACAAGCUGCUGCUAGAGCAGCCCUCGGCGGAGAGGCUGACGGAGCACCUGCUGGCCAUCAUGAGGCCGGAGAGCGCUGGCACGCUGGCCAAGUUCCUGCGCACGCUGCCGCCCGCCCUCAAGAUGCCGCUCUCCGUCAACGCGCUCUACACCCAGUGGCUGACCAAGUACUUCUUCAGCGUGCCAGCAAACGCGACCAACAAGAAGUGGAUGCAGCAAUACAGGCAGUGCUCUAGCUACUUCACCAAGCUGUCCAAAGACGACCUGCUGCGCUUCGUAGAGAACACUUGCUUCAGCCCCGAAGCGCUACAACGGGUUCCGCCCGGAACUAGAAGUUUGAUGAUAAUGCAAGCUGUCGACUACUGCCAACAGGAGCAGGAGAAUGAUUACAAAUUUAAUAAAAACGAGCCGUCGUGGGCGAGCGUGGGCCAGCAGCUCUCGCGCUGGGCGACGUUCCUGGACGCGCUGUACGACACCACAGCUGAUCCCUCCACCCUCGCCUGCCCCGAGCUGGAGAUGAGCCACGGCGACGUGGAGAAGGCGAGGGCGGCGUGCGCGCGGCUGCUGAUGCGCGCGGAGGGCGAGGGGGAGGGGGAGGGGGAGGGCGAGGGCGAGGGCGUCAGCUUCGCCGCGCUGCGCUCGCUGCUGCAGCGGCUGCAGAUGCAGGAGCAGCUGCCCGCCCACAGCGUCCUGCAGCACGCGCUCGACCACUGCGUGCAGGACGUGCACGCCAUGGAGCGGCUGGUGGAGCGCGUGAGCGAGGCGCACAAGGCGGGCGAGCGCUUCCCCGAGGAGGUGGCGGAGGCGAUGCUGCGGCGCGCGGCUGAGCUGCAGCUGGCGCCGCACCGGCAGCUCGGGCUGCUGGCGCUGGCGCAGCCGCAGCGGCCGCACCAGCCGCCGGGCGAGCACCACCUGCAACGCCGCGCCGCCUCCACCGCGGACCUGCUGCGCACGCAGUGGCGCGACCACCCCGACGCGCCCCAACUCACGGACGAGAUGCUCCUUACCGAGGAGGGCAGGCGGGAGGCGUUCGGCAAGUUCACGGCGCUGGCCGACAGCUGGCAGAAGAAGAAGGCGCUGGUGGACGUGCUGUUGUGCUGGCCUCCGACGAAGACCGAGGACUCAAGAAGUUUGCAUUGUGAGUACUUGGGUACACUUUUGACCACAGCCUCCGAUCAAAACGAGGCUCUGGUGCUCAUGAAGUUGCUUCUGAGACAACCUUUGCUGGAAGAAGACGAAGUAAAAUGGCUAUGUGAGAAUACACCCCCACAAUCUGUUAUUAACGCUGUUUGGGUGGUGCUCCUCAACAAAUGUGAACAUUCCAAAGAACUAAUCGUGCAAUUGGUGACAAAAUACAAGGAGUCCGUGCAGACGCAGCAGAUAGAGGAGGAGCUGAUCAAGGAGCUUCUGGACGGCGGGCUGUUCGUGCCGCUGGUGGCGAGCGCCCUCUACCCGGCCAUCCUGAACUACGUGCUGGGCGAGGUCUCCGCGCAGUACUCUGUGGACUGGGCCGUGGGCGAGUUGCAGAGGGCGCGGCAUCUCGCCGAGGCGGGCCAACUGCGGAUGCUGCACGUCGGCGUCCCGAGCCCCCUGCGCGGCUUCACUCAGUCCGUGCUGUAUUCCAAGAGAGCGCUUAACCAA